AUGGUUUUGGAAGCAAAAGAAGUAACCAUAGGUGUCCUGCAGGGAAGCACCUUAGGCCCACUACCCUGUCUUAUUUAUGUGAAUGAUUUGUGUUUAUCACAGGAUAAAGCCAAACGUAUAUUAUUUGCUCAUGAUAAAAACCUAAUACUGAGUGACAUUAAAAGCCCAUUACAUAUGACUUCACAUAACUUCUUGAAAAGUAUUGAGACUUGGUUCUGUGUAAACAAAAUUUCACUGAAUGCAACAAAAACAAAUUAUCUACAGUUUGGAAAAAUAAUUCAGGGUGAGGACAUUAUUCUAGAAUUUGAUGAUAGUAAAAUAGAGACAAUGCAGUUUGCAAAAGUACUAGGUCUCAAUAUGCCACCAAAAGUAUUAGAGCUUAGACAGGCUACAAAGGAUUUGGACAAAGUACAUCUGCUGAAAGAGGUGCACCUGUGA